AUGUACCUCAUUUUACAGAAAGAGCUCACCCACACGAUCCUGCUCCACCCUUCGUACUUCGGACCCUGCAUACUCCAAUUCUUGGAGUCCAAGCUGUGCGCAGACGUCAAAGGUACAUGCUCAGGUCAAUAUGGCUACAUUAUCGCUGCAGUCUCGAUCCUGGACACCGACAGAGGAAUAGACAUCGGCAGAAGUGAACAGGCUGAGUUUGUCACGCAAGUUGUUGAUGGCGUUCUUAUACUCAUAUUUGCUAACAUGAAAUUUAACCUCAUCUCUAAGCUUCUGUCAUUUGCUUCAGAUGACCAUAUCAUCGAGAAAAAUACGCGCGUGCGAUUGAAGAUCAUCGGUACUCGUGUGGACGCCGCGGAAAUUGCACGUUACCUGGCUUUUUUUUUUUUCUUCGCUAUAGGCACGAUUAAGGAAGAUCAUCUGGGCGUGAUUGAUUAG